CGGAGGGAACCCCUAGCUAGUGUGAUAGAACAUGGAUGAUGAAGAGGUCGCCGAAAGCUGGGAAGAAGCUGCCGAUAGUGGGGAAAUGGAGAGAAGACUAGAGGAGAAGCUGCGGAUCAGCCAGAAAGAAAGACUUUCCAGUGGAAAUUCAGUUAAAUCUCCAAUCAGAACAGCCAUGGUGAUCCAAGAUGAAUCACUUCCUGCAGCACCCCCUCCACAGAUUCGAAUUUUGAAACGACCUUCCAGUAAUGGAUCCAUAGGAUCACCUGCAGCACAGACCCGACCUUCUCCACAGGUGAAAUCCCUUGCUCAGCGGGAGGCAGAAUACGCUGAAGCCAGGAAGCGAAUUCUUGGCAGUGCUAGUCCCGAAGACACACCUCAGGACAGACCUAAUUCAGACAGAUCGCCUCGGGCACCCUCGGAGGACACCCGAUCAAACAACCACGUGGUCCGACAGCCAGCAGGGCCAGAUGGAACACAAGGUUUUCGGCAGCGCAGAUAGGAAUUCCAGCCUAUCCAGCUAAAGGAGGAGGAAGCAGAUAAUUGAAUUUCUUACAAUUUUCAUUGAUUUUAGGAUCUAAGAUGUCUAUUAAAUAAGAAUUCAUUUCCCUCUCAUCCAUCACGGCUCUGGAGUCGGCACGCUGAAUGAGUAGGGGAAGAAAAAUGCGUGGAAGAGCAGACGGGGAGGGCCUCUCCUAUCCCUUUUACACUGUGAUGAGGACAUUGUUUCUUCUGGACAGUGCUCACUGUGAUCCCCCCCCCCCCCCCCCCAAAACAAAA